AAGGGUCAGCCUAAUCCCGACUUGCGUAGGAGAAUGGCGGUGGCGGCAUCGGGAACGCCCGCUGGGACCGUUUACCCUUCCUUGAGCUGCCUGGUCAGUAUGUCGCACGUGCGGUGUCAGUUAAAGCACACGUGUCAUAUGCCCCGGCCAAAAAGGUUUAUUCAUAAAUAUCGACCGCAUGCCUCAGUCGAAGUGGUCACUCAUCGCUGCACUGAUCGCAAAAUGGGAGAAGCCAUUGAUUAUCAGAAGCUCCGAUCAGAUUUCCUUCAAGUCCUCCGUGGAAGGCGAGCCUCUGAAGUUCCGCUGCGCGUGGAGCCUGCAAAGCCAGUGGCGAGCCCAUUGUAUCAGGAUAAUACUCCACCUUCUGCUGAGGUAAGUUUGGAGUCUUCUGAGAAGGCAAACAUUGAAAACUUCGUACACUCGCUGAAAGAGGAAAAUCUCUAUUUGGUUACAGAGGAAGGAGAGCAAGGACGCUUGCCUGUAUUGAUUUUGAAGGAAAACACACAUCAAAAAAGGCCAGCCGUUGUUUUCCUACAUAGCACAAACAAAUGUAAAGAGUUCUUGCGGCCUUUACUUAAGGCAUAUGCUUCACGAGGAUAUAUAGCAAUCGCCGUUGACUCUCGCUACCAUGGUGAACGAGCCAGAAGCACAAAUACCUAUCGGGAUGCUCUUAUUUCUGCUUGGAAAACGGGCGAGACAAUGCCAUUCAUUUAUGACACGGUCUGGGACUUGAUAAAAUUGGCAGAUUACUUAAUUCAAAGGGAGGAUAUUGACCCUUCUAGAGUAGGAAUCACUGGGAUAUCUCUUGGAGGAAUGCAUGCAUGGUUUGCAGCAUUUGUAGACACCCGCUAUGCUGUGGUAGUCCCAAUGAUUGGUGUUCAGGGGUUUCGAUGGGCUAUUGACAAUGAUAAGUGGCAGGCUCGGGUUGACAGUAUAAGGCCAGUGUUUGAGGUGGCUCGCGAUGAUUUGGGAAAGAGUGCUAUUGACAAAGAAGUGGUAGAGAAGGUAUGGGACAGGAUUGCUCCAGGUCUAGCUUCCAAGUUUGACUCACCAUACUCAAUUCCAGCUAUUGCACCACGCCCCCUGCUUAUUCUGAAUGGUGCUGAAGAUCCUCGAUGUCCCCUUGAAGGUUUGGAAGUUCAGAAGUCAAAUGCACAGCUGGCAUAUGGAGAAUCUCGCUGUCUGGACAACGUCAAGCUGAUCGCGGAACCUGGAAUUGGGCAUCAAACAACGCCAUCCAUGAUGAAAGAAGCAUCUGAUUGGUUCGAUAGGUUUUUAAAGGCUUAGCUUAGAACCUCAGAUUUUCUCUCCAACUGCGGAUGGAUUCCUUGACAUAUGAUCCGUUGGGAAUAGUAACAUGCUUAAUGUAUCCUCCCUCCCCAGGACUCUUGUGUCUCGUUCUCUGCUAUUUAAAGAUUUUUCACGUGUUUUUGGUGAUCAGUUCAUUUCGGGAACCAAAACACUGUAAGAAUAACUUUGCCUCGGAAAAUUACAAAAUUACUUUUUCAAAAU